GGGGCUGCCGGCGACGCCCCAGAGCGGAAGAGGGAAGUGAAGGCACCAAGCUUCGGGUUCCUGCCGGGCUGUGCUCGCUGAGCGAGAAGCAGCACCAAAAGGAGGCCUUUGCCGCCGCUCCGGAUCGGGGAUGUCGAAAAACACGGUGUCGUCGGCCCGGUUCCGGAAGGUGGACGUGGAUGAGUACGACGAGAACAAGUUCGUGGACGAGGAAGAUGGGGGCGACGGGCAGGCCGGGCCCGACGAGGGCGAGGUGGACUCCUGCCUGCGGCAAGGAAACAUGACCGCCGCCCUACAGGCAGCGCUGAAAAACCCCCCCAUCAACACAAAGAGUCAGGCGGUGAAGGACCGGGCAGGCAGCAUCGUGCUGAAGGUGCUCAUCUCCUUUAAAGCCAACGACAUUGAGAAGGCAGUGCAGUCCUUGGACAAGAACGGCGUGGACCUCCUGAUGAAGUACAUCUACAAGGGCUUCGAGAGCCCCUCUGACAACAGCAGCGCCGUGCUGCUGCAGUGGCACGAAAAGGCGCUCGCCGCGGGAGGAGUGGGGUCCAUCGUCCGCGUGCUGACCGCCAGGAAAACCGUGUAGUCCAGCGGGAACUGGAUCGCUCCUGCGGGUGUGGGAGUUGCUGGUACAAAGACCAAAACAACCAAAUGCCACCGCGGCCCUGUGGGCAGCAUCUGUCUCUCUCAGCUUUGCCUUCUCGCUUCCUCUCUCAUGUCUAUAAAGAAGAAAAUUCCAUGUCCGUUUUCCUUCCAUGAAACUCGGGAUGCUCUAGAGGGAAUUUUUCAGCAGGAGUGCCUCAUGCUCUCCAAGCUCUUUCAGUGAUAUGUAUACCAGUGUGUAUAGAGCCUAAUCCACAUUCAACUUUAAUUGUGCAAUUUUUAACCCCUGUUGGCUGGUGGUUUCUUGUUUUUCUGUUUUUUUGUGUGUGUUUUGGUUUUGUUUUUGACUAAUAGUGAUCAAUUUGAUGAGAAUUUGAUGCCAAUUUCCUAACUCAUGGCUAGCCAGGAAAUGAUUCUUAUGAAAAAUAUGUUCGAGAGACUGGCAGUUCUUAACAUUGCAAAACUGGACCUUACUUCCCUUAUUUAAGCAAAAUGUGUCUCUGGAACCAGUGGCAGGCGAAGGCCACUACCAGGCUCCCGCGGUGUCCCCGCCUGCCUCCAGUUUAAGUCUGCUGCUUCCUCUCGGCAUCCAACGAUCAUGGCCUCUCGAUUCCUUUGUGGUCACCAGGGUCCAGAGCAAGGGGUCUUGCUCUACACAAAUGUGUCUAUUAAAUACCAGAGCCUGUUGGGUGUGAGCAUAAAACUUUUGUCCCGAUAGCAUGGCCCUGUCUGGGAAGGCUACUCCACGUCAGAAAGGACAUGGACACUGUGAUGCAGCUCAAACUCUGGGCGGCCUCUGAAUGAAACGCUCUUUUCCUUAGAAUUCAAGUGGCUGCCUUAGACGUUAGGAGGUGUCUCACAUGCCCUGUAAAUGUCUUCAGUGUCCUUUGGGGUCAUUGGGAUCUCAAAAGAUUUGGCUCAGACCCAAACACACAUCCUGUAUUUUCGCUCAGUGUUUUUUAAGAGAAGAAAAUGCCACACAGCAAAAAGUGUUUACUUUGUUGUGGACCAACCAAAUCGGUUCUCAGAAAAACGACCGGUGCUUACAGAGUCGUUCUCCAGUAGCUCCAAAACAGACGCCCGAGCGCGCGCGACCGUGCGACCGGGAGGGAACCCAGCCUGUGUUUAGCGUCUACAUGGACCACCAGUUUCACAAUCACCGGCUCACUCGAAAACUGGUGCGGAAAUCCUAUAAACUCUUGGCUGUUUUUGAUACCUGCCUUUUGUUUUGUAAAAGUGAUAAAGUUCCAAAAAUAAAAUGUCAGUGUUGAAUAAUUUA